AUGGGCUUUGAGAGGAUCGAGCGUGCUGAUCCGCGGCUUCGCCAAGUCUUUAUCACCGGCGACUUCUCGAGCGUGAUGAUGAUUGUGAAGCAGAAGAGGAGGACAAUCAUCACCAGCAGGUACACCCACAUGAGCCACGAAACCCUGAGGCAGAAGCUGAUGAUCAGUCCAGCCAUGGACACGGGGAGCCCGACUAUAGCUGAUGACCGACUGGUCGAGGAACCGCUCGCACUCGGUGUUGGCCUGCCGGAAAAGCCAUGUCCCGCCGCCGAUGAUCGGGAUCGAAUGGACGAGCGUGAUGAUAUUCAGGAGCCCAACUAG